GAUCCUUGUCAGUUUUCGUGCGUGAACAGACGUAUCGCGAGUCGCGACGUAAACAUUACGAAUAUUUUUUCCUAUUAAUUUUUUUGAGAGAAGGUCAAACAGUGAAAACAGUGUUUACUAAACUUUAUCAAGCCAUGUUGUGGUAAUCAACUCAAUUUUUGGACAGCAGACACAAAGGUGCCAUCUAAACAUGAGUAAACAGAAAGAGUUUAAGUUUCAUGUGAUUGAGUUAUUGGAACCACCAUACAAGGAUCCUGAAAAAUAUGUUUGCGUUCCGAAUUCUUGGAUAAGGUUACGUGAAACAUCAGAUGGUCCAACUCUUGUUAAAUUUCCCGUUGAAGUACUAUCAGAAGUAAAAAAACGUGUUAAGAAACAAGAAUUCUCAGAAAACUGGACAGAUUUUUUGGCUAACAUAAAAUACAGUACAAAGUCCUAUAAAGACGCAAGAAACUACAUCAAGAUACUGAAUAAAAUAUGCGAUCAAGAGCAGAGCAGCACGAAAAUAGUCGAAGAUGUACCAUCAACAUCGUACAAGAAAGAACUCGAAUCACAAUCGAGCUCAAAAACAAACAAAGUCCGUACAACUUCAACUCUAAACAGUGAUGCAGAACCAGUGAGUAAAGAAAUACCAAAGCAACUUGACUUGACUAAUGCCGAAGGAAGAAUAGGCCGAAAGGAAAGCAAAGUUGGAACUGCCGAUGCUUCCCCCCAAGCCAGAAGAUAUUUAACAAGACAGUCACUCAGAAUAUCUUUAUCAGGCAAUAAAACCGUUAGUUUGCCAGAUCAAGCCACAAAAGAGAGUCUUCCGAAAACUAGCCAAUGUGUUGAAGAAAGCGAUAAAACUAACAACAACCAAGAAAAUAAACCAUCACAAAAUAACCUUAUGAAGAAAUGGACAAUUAUAUUGGCUCUACGAUCAGUCUUUGGUGAUAAUUUCAAAGAAACAUUGGAAGAACUUCAUAGUAAGUAUGAAAAAAACCAAUUAAUGUUAGAGAAAAUGCAAUUUGCGUUUGCGGAAAAUUGUAAGAUCAUAAAACAGUUUAUUGAGCUAACGAAUGAAGUCUGUGCUGGUCCUGAUAUUGGUGAGCUAGAGCCUGCAGUCAAAGAAUUAGAAAAUAUUAUGAUGAAAGUAAAUAUAAAUGAAAAUAAUUCAGAUAAAGCAACCGGAUCAAAAGUACAAAAUGAUGCUCGAAAAAAGGAAGAGAAAAAACACAAUAGUGACGGUACAGAAGUUAAAAAUAAUAAUCCACUAAAUAAGAUCCGUGGCCUAGCGCGCAAGUUUACUUUACCACCUGAGUACGAUCCGAAUGACUCAAGAUGGACCCUAAAGCAUCGGGAAAAGAAAAGUGGUGUCGAUGAACUCCUACCACAUUCACGGGUGUACAUAGACGCCAUUCAACUAAGCAACAUUAAAAUAACGUCGAAAGACAGCAAAAUCCUUGCGCGAUCGUUGUUACUGGAAAUUUUUACCGAGAACGCAUUAAGUAUAUGUUCUGUAUUUGGAAAAAAACCCAAUGCAUUUGACUUGGAGGGAACAAGGGUAAGGCCCGGUCUAGAUGAACAUGCAAGAACAGUUUUAUUGGAUUAUGUUAAAAAACAUGCGGCUGAACAAAAUUGGGUUGAAUUUGAUUCGCAGCUGAUUUUAAACACUAUUCGUAACAAAAUGCAAGAAAUGAGAGGCAAACAUCAAAAAAUUAUUGAAAAAUAAUUAGGCUGUAAGGAAAUAUUGCUGGCGUGAUCAUUUAAUUAAUGAGCUUAUUGACGUAUUAGUAGAAUCUGGUGGUCUCGAAUUUUCUCGAAAUCGAUUUUUUUUCUUCGACAUUUAAAAAGUAUGAUCUUUUAAGACUACUAUUAAAUUUUUGCCAUGAUAUUAAAGAUAUUUCAAGUUCUACAGAUCAGUGCAAAAGCAGAUACAAAAGUAAAUAAUACUUACUUCAAACUUAAAGCUCAUUUAUUUCGAAACGACUUUUUUCUACACGUCACAUGACAGAAUUGAAACUCAUCAAUUUUACAGGCUCUAGGCCACCGGAUCUCUUUAUUAUUAUUAUCAAGUUUAUAUCAUUAAAUACAUUAGAUUAAUAGUUUUGUAAAAUAUUUGUUACUAUACUACACAAUGCGUACACACUCUAUUUUCUUAUUAUUGUUAUGAAAAUAUACGUAUAAUGAUACUUA